AUGCAGCUAAAGGAUUUUAUGUACUAUCCAAAUUUGGGAUGUCGCUUGGCAAUGAUACGAUGCUACGAGUGGAGAGGGAGUAAAUCGCCAGCUGUCGAGCAAACUUUUAUCCAGCAAUUGUGGUUUCUAUUGGGUGCCAUUAACUUGUUCUAUCAGAAUCUCGGUCUGGUAAUCGAUCUAAGUCUGUCAGAGACUCAAAAGGAACUCUCCGCAUUCAUAGCACAAAUAUCAGAGACUUGCAGCGUGAUGGGACUCACUUUAGUUGGUGCAAGUAAUAUGUGGAUGUUACUCUAUUAUCGCCGAGAAAUCGAAGCUGUGCUGGGUGAACUGCAAGAACUGUAUCCUCCUAGGCGACACCGAAUCUAUCGCAUCAAACACUAUUACGAGCAGUCGACGCGUUUGAUGAAGCAUUCAACAACGUUUUUCUUGUUUGCAUACGCUUAUUACAAUUCGCUGCCCAUUGUGGAACUGUGCUACGAACUGCUGGCGGCAUCGCAGCAAGUGAAAUACAAGGCGCAGAGUGAUACCUGGUAUCCUUGGCAUUUGUUCUUAGCAGAGCGUUCAGCUUUAAGCUUUGCUGCCUCAUAUCUCUGUCAGGCUAUAUCGUCCUUGUCCGGUGUGGCCGUCAUCAUGAGCGGUCAGUAUUUGAUGUGCUUUUUCACCACACAGAUGCGGAUGCACUUUGAUGCAUUGGCUAAUGGCCUGAGUACUUUGGAUGCCCGUCACUCGGAGGCCAAUGAGCAGCUAAAAGAAAUGAUAGUCUACCACUGUCGUUUGCUGCAUAUUGAGCAGCAAAUAAAUCGCAUCUUUAACUUUAUGUUUUUGAGCAACUUUUCCACUUCGACGAUUGCCAUCUGUUUAAUGGCCUUUGCCAUGGUCAUGAUCAAUUUGGCUGCCGCCUUUAAGUACUCUGUCGGCCUCAUGUCUUUUCUCGUAUUUUGCGUAUUCAUUUGCUACAACGGCACUCAGUUCACCUUGGCUAGCGACAAAUUGUUGCCAGCUGCUUUCUACAAUAAUUGGUAUGAUGGCGAUCGUAACUACCGCCGCAUGUUGCUCUUCUUUAUCAUGCGCUCUUGUGAGUCUCGUGUGCUGCGCACCUACAAGUUUACACCCGUCUCUAUGGCCACAUACAUGGCGAUGCUAAAGUUUUCAUAUCAAUUGUUUACAUUCUUUAGAGCAAUGAUAAAAUAA